CUGCUUCCAAAGCCAUCUUCUCCGGCGGCAGGCGAGGGCUCUCCUCUACUCUGAGCUCGCAUUUCCGAGGCUCAGGCCCUACUCUGCGCGGGACUGCUGCCUCGUGGGUCACAGCCAGAGGCAGGCGUCACCGAAGGAGCCCUCCACAAAGGGACAGCUGCAGGUGGGGUGUGCCAGUCGGCGGGUGAGCUGUGAGCCGAGCUGUGAGGAAUCUGGACUCGCCCGGCCUGGAGAUGGCUGGAAACUGUUCCUGGGAGGCCCAUCCCACCAACAGGAAUAAGAUGUGUCCUGGGAGCGAGGCCCCCGAGCUCUACAGCCGCGGCUUCCUGACCAUUGAACAGAUCGCCAUGCUGCCGCCGCCGGCCGUCAUGAACUAUACCUUCCUGCUCCUGUGUCUGUGCGGCCUGGUGGGCAACGGGCUGGUGCUCUGGUUCUUCGGCUUCUCCAUCAAGAGGAGCCCCUUCUCCAUCUACUUCCUGCACCUGGCCAGCGCCGACGUGGGCUACCUCUUCAGCAAGGCCGUGCUGUCCAUCCUGAACACCGGGGGCUUCCUGGGCACCUUCGCCGACUACGUCCGCGCCGUGUCCAGGAUCGUGGGCCUCUGCACGUUUGUCGCCGGCGUGAGCCUCCUGCCGGCCAUCAGCUCGGAGCGCUGCCUGUCCGUCGUCUUUUCCGCCUGGUACUGGCGCCGGCGGCCCAAGCGCCUGUCGGCCGUAGUGUGCGCCCUGCUCUGGACCCUGUCGCUCCUGGUCACCGGCAUCCACAACUACUUCUGCGUGUUCCUGGGCCGCCAGGCCUCCGGGCCGGCCUGCAGGCACAUGGACAUCUUCCUGGGCAUCCUGCUCUUCCUGGUCUUCUGCCCACUCAUGGUGCUGCCCUGCCUGGCGCUCAUCGUGCACGUGGAGUGCCGGGCCCGGCGGCGCCAGCGCUCCGCCAAGCUCAACCACGUCAUCCUGGCCAUGGUCUCGGUGUUCCUGGUGUCCUCCAUCUACCUGGGGAUCGACUGGUUCCUCUUCUGGGUCUUCCAGAUCCCGGCCCCCUUCCCGGAGUACAUCACCGACCUGUGUAUCUGCAUCAACAGCAGCGCCAAGCCCGUCGUCUACUUCCUGGCCGGGAGGGACAAGUCUCAGCGGCUGUGGGAGCCUCUCCGGGUGGUCUUCCAGCGGGCUCUGCGAGAUGGCGCCGAACUGGGGGAGGCCGGGGGUGGGACACCCAACACGGUCACCAUGGAGAUGCAGUGCCCCUCUGGGAACACCUCCUGAGAGGCGGGCACCUGGAGAGGAGGCCGGGGCUGGGAGCAGCCAGGACCUCCAGAGACCCUCUGCGGGGACAGGAACUGGGCAGCCGCCCUGGUGCCCCAGUGCCCGGUACCCAAGUGCAAGGAGAAAAGUCUGUUUGCCGCCCCUCUGGCCUCCUUCUCCCUGGGCUGGAGGCUCCAUGGGUGGCCAAGAGACCACGCAGCCACCUGCAAACAGACCCUGGGGUCCUGCCAGGCUUUCCCAGCCACUCUCGUCCGUCAGUGACACAUUGUACAGAAGUUGUCCCAAGGGGUGGGGCUCUCCCCGCCACGGGCUGGUCUGGAAAGGAGAGGAGAAGGGCCACCCAACCCUGUCCACCUCCUGCCCCUUUCAAUCAGCCCUCAUUGAAAAAUGACACAGCCAGCAGCAUCACCAAUCAGGCCACCAGCUUCCUCCCUGCCACUGGGGUACCUGUUCUCGCCAUCCCAUCUUCUCAAGUCCAUGUUAGUGGCAGACCUGAAUGAAACGGUGCUACCUGGGAGCGGCUUCUGGGUAACCUGACUGGUAGCUCCGACUCUGCAAAUGACAUCCCUGCCCGCUGGAUGUGUCCUAUGGUGACUGAAACGGGUGCAUUUCUAGUGAGGGGAGCAGCUGGAGACGGGAAGGACCUUCAGCCAGCUUGGGUGAGGCGCUCUUUUCUGACUCCAUGCCAACCAGCCCCGGCAGCCUCUUGGAGCACAUGGUGUGUCCCCUCUGCUGCCCACAUGGACCCUGGGCACCUGUAGACCAUCCCGGCAGUCUCUGGGCUCCAGCCCCCAUCUGAAAGUGGGCAUUGGCUCCACCUGGUCACCCCAGCCCACCUACAAGCACAGUGGCCCAGUAUAGCCAGAGGAAGUUUUAUGAGAGAAAAAAAAUGUACAUCAAUAAACAUUUUAUAUCUUA